AUGAGCAAAAGAUUUCGAUGUGGUCGUUUAAUGUUUGGUAGAAAUGGUAAAGUAAGAAAAAUGAAUCUUGCACGUGGUGGUGGUACUCGUUUUUGUGAAUGGAAUAACACUGAUAUGAAUUUCAAAGAUGUUCAUCAAAGUCUUUUGAAUAUUUUUAACAUACAAGCUACCAAAUUUAAAACAUCAUUAUAUGAUUUUCAACUUAAACGAUUAGAUGUCAAUCAAUAUAACACAUUUUCCGAAUAUAUACAAAAAUAUGGACUUAGUUCUAACAAUCAACAAGUUAAUAAUCAACCAGAUAUACAAACACAACCAAACAAAAAAAAUCAACGAAAGAGAAAAGCACGUGCUGAUAGGAUGACACUAAAAAUCGAAGAAAUGAAACCUUUAGUAACGGAAACUACUCCACGUGCUAUAACAUGGAAUCAAUACGAGCCUGUUCUCAAAAUUGAAUUAGAUGAUGAUGAUAAUGAUGAAGAAGAAAAUCAUCAAACAUCAUCGAAUAAUACAUAUGCAGGUUAUUCAUUUAAAGAAUCAAGUAAUACUUUAAUGAUGAUUGUUUGGGAAUUUAUUAGUGAUAAUAGUUUUGAUCAAAUCUUAAUACAAUUAUUUGAAUAUACUUGUUCCGUUCAAGGUUAUGUAUGUUUAACAAUUGAUCCAUUAAAACAAAAAAUGUCAUUAUUACAUGAAAAUAUUCAAUCAAUUGACAAAGCAGAUAUUGAAUGGCAUUCUCAUAGUUUAGAUAAUAUUAAUAAUAUUUGUAAAUCAAUAAAAAAAUUACUUGGCGAGAAUAUGGAUAAAUUUGGACCGAAUGAAAUAUAUUCAACAUUUAAUGAAAAAUUUUCUCAGUUUCAUGACAACUUAAAGAUAUUACGCCACCAAUGGUAUGAAUUUGUUAAAGUCUAUAAUGGAUCCAGUGAACAUUUGCCUCCGUCGAUUCAUUCAGUUGAGUCAAUUAUACCAACAGUACCUCAUUCAGAUAAUCAAUCUACAUUGGAAGAACAUCCUGAAAUAAUUUCUCAAAUGAAGCAAGAAAAAGAUGCUUUAUUUAAACGUGUAAACAAAGCGUUACAACGCUUAAAAGACUUAUUAAACAUUGUUAAUGAUUUACAUUUAUCAACAGUUAGCAGUUCAAUUAUAUCAAUAAUAGAUGAAAUAAAGUCGAUUCGAUCAAAUCUAGAUUUGGCAGAUCACCAAUCAAUAGUUGAUGUACAAAGAGCGAUUGCCUCUAUAAAAAAACGACUUGCUAGCAACUUUAAGCCAGAAACUUUCACACAAUUGACACAUACCAAUUUUCGUCUAAUUAAACAUGCAUACACGAGAACGUUACGACCAAUACGUUACAUAGUUAAAACGCUUACAAGAUAUGAAUCAAAAACUUCAAAUUUGCCUUCAUCGCCAAUGCCAGUAAUCGUUGAAGAUGAAUUAGAACAGGAAAAUUUAGAAGAUGAUGAUUACGAUCCAAAUGAAGAUGCAUGA